AUGAAAGAUUCAAAGUGUCUGGAAGGAAAGGGGAACUUGGCAAAACAGCACAAUUUUGACUCACUUACGAAUGAGUACGAGCCUCUGGGGGAGAAAUAUUUCGAGUGUAUUACCUUCAAGACCUUCUUCCUAGUGGCCCUUGCAACCGCUGCAGACAUCUCGGAACUUCAUGCCCUGGAUGUCAACCGAGUGCACUUUGAAUGGAAGAGGCAUGGAACGAUUAACCUAGCCAGAGGCAAGCCAGCAACAGCGAGCUCUGUGUAUGGGACACAUCCUGAAGUUGCAACAGACGGCCUCCCUUACACUGACUGGAAAAGUGGCAGUUGUUUUGCUGUGGCAGAAGGAGACAAUCAUCCCUGGUGGCAAGUCGAUCUUGAAGCUUAUUCUGAGGUGUUUGAGGUUGCCGUGACAAGCAGGAGUGACUGUUGUCCUGAGAGACUACACGACUUCACAUUGGAGGUCUUUCGAAAGAACCCGGCCACCUCAACAGGCGCUAGGAGUGCGCUGUGUGGAACCUACAAUGGUACGGUCACAGAACCAGGAAAGACUGUCAGUGUAGAAUGCAUCAGAUCUGUUAGAGGGCGAUAUGUCCGACUGAGGGGGACAAAGGACGGUGAAGGUGACCUCCUUCAAUUCUGUGAGGUCAAAGUUUUCGGAUCCAUUAUUGCUGAUGGCGAGUCUAACCUGGCUAGAGGCAAGCCAGCAACAGCGAGCUCUGUGUAUGGGCCACAUCCUGAAGUUGCUACAGACGGCCUCCCUUACACUGACUGGAAACGUGGCAGUUGUUUUACUGUGGCAGAAGGAGACGAUCAUCCCUGGUGGCAAGUCGAUCUUGAAGCUUAUUCUGAGGUGUUUGAGGUUGCCGUGACAAGCAGGGGUGACUGUUGUCCUGAGAGACUACACGACUUCACAUUGGAGGUCUUUCGAAAGAACCCGGCCACCUCAACAGGCGCUAGGAGUGCGCUGUGUGGAACCUACAAUGGUACAGUCACAGAACCAGGAAAGACUGUCAGUGUAGAAUGCAUCAGAUCUGUUAGAGGGCGAUAUGUCCGACUGAGGGGGACAAAGGACGGUGAAGGUGACCUCCUUCAAUUCUGUGAGGUCAAAGUUUUCGGAUCCAUUAUUGCUGAUGGCGAGUCUAACCUGGCUAGAGGCAAGCCAGCAACAGCGAGCUCUGUGUAUGGGCCACUGCCUAGAGUUGCUACAGACGGUCUCCCCAACACUGAUUGGGGAUCUGGCAGUUGUUUUGCUGUGGCAGAAGGAGACGAUUAUCCCUGGUGGCAAGUCGAUCUUGAAGCUUAUUCUGAGGUGUUUGAGGUUGCCGUGACAAGCAGGGGUGACUGUUGUCCUGAGAGACUACACAACUUCACACUGGAGGUCUUCACCAAACCAGGCGCCAGGGGGUGCACUGUGUGGAUCCUACCAUGGUGCGGUCGCAGAACCAGGAAAGACUGUCACUGUAAAAUGUACCCGAGCUGUUCAAGGGCGGUAUGUCCGAUUGAGUGGAAAAAAGAACGGUGAGGGUGACCUCCUUGAGUUUUGUGAGGUCAAGGUGUUCGGUUAUGCGUUUUAAUCAAGGCUUAUAAAAGCAUGCGGACA